UAUCCCAUUGUUAUCGUGGUUGACUAUACAGUGCCUGAUGCAGUGAAUGGAAAUGCUGAACUUUAUUGCAAACUAGCCAUUUGUGAUGGGCACAACGGGAGGAGACAGGGAAUUGUUGUAUAAGACGGUAAAAGAUGCAAAUGUUUAUGCAGUAAUUUCUCCACAGAUGGGGAAACAGGUUGCUGCAUUUCUUGCAGCUAUGGAAAUCAUGGCUGAGCAGUUUCCUGGAGCAUUUUCAGGCUAUUCAUUGCAGGUGAUGGAAUCUCAUCAAGCAGGCAAACGAGAUGCGUCUGGUACAGCUAAAGCUUUUAUUUCUUGCUUUCAGAAGCUGGGUGUCUCAUUUUACGUCAACAAGAUAAAGAUGAUCAGAGAUCCUAAGAAACAACUAGAGAUCGUGGGUGUUCCUGAAUAGCAUCUUGAAGGCCAUGCAUUCCAUAUGUACCUUCUCACUUCGCCUAACGAGACAGUAUCAUUCGAGUUCCAGCACAACGUCUGCGGUUGCUCGAUAUAUGUUGAGGGCACAAUUGAUGCUGCCAUUUUUCUUUACAAGAAGAUCCAUUCCAAAGCUGACAAAAGAAUAUUUGACAUGAUAGAUGUCUUGCGGGAGGGAAAUAUGCGGUGAUUUUUUUCCUUGGGGAGGCUCAA